UUCUGUCCGAUGCCGAAAUAUUAUCAUCUAAGUUCGGGAUACCAGUAGGAAAGCCGUGCCAUAGAUGUGGAUCUGACAAAUCAAAUUGGUACUCUUGGAUGAAUGUGGUCGUUUUUAUAUGAUUGGAUAAUUACAGGUUACUACGUCAUAGUCUCUACUUAAACAACAUGCGAAGUUUGGUUGUUGGUUGUAUUUGUGUGUUCACGCUUGUAGCUAUUUCACGAAGCGCAGGUUAUAGCAGGGCACAACCAAAUGGAAUUCGACUAGUGGGUGGAAACGAUCAAUAUGAAGGACGAGUUGAGAUCUUCUACCUUGGUGUCUGGUCCACUGUGUGUGACGAUAACUUCUAUGCCGAGGCAGCUAACGUACUGUGUAGGAUGCUGGGUUUCACCUCGGCCACUAGUUCUUACUGCUGCUCUAAAUUCGGACAGGGAUCCGGGGAAAGUAUGUUUAGUAAUUUCUACUGCGAAGGACACGAAGCUAAUAUCUCGGAAUGCAGAUAUCGUUUUGAUUCUGCGGCGGUAGUUUCCUCUUCCGAUUCGAAGUACUCAUGUGAUCAUUCGGAAGAUGUUGCUUUAGUAUGCGAUCCAGGCAACGUUGAAAGCAACUCGUUUGACAUUCGACUCGUAGGUGGAGAAACUCCAUUUGAUGGCAGGGUGGAGAUUUACCACGAAGGCUCCUGGGCGACUGUCUGUGACGAACGUAUACGCACCCAAGAGGCAAACGUCCUGUGUAGGAUGCUCGGGCACAUCUCGGCCAGUAGCUAUCACUGCUGCGCGGAAUUCGGUAGAGGGGUUGGCGAUAACGUGAUGAGGGAUAUACAAUGUGAAGGGAGCGAGUUUAAUAUUACGGAUUGCGAGUUUAGUCAUCUUCCACACCAACCCGGCUACUCUUCAUCUGAUGGUACGGGCGAGUACUGCGACCAUUCGGAUGAUCUAGGACUAGUAUGCAUACCAGGUGAAGUACGAAUCCGGAACGGUUCAAAACGCCUCGGUCACCAGAAGGGCAGAGUAGAACUGUUGCAAGGACACAAAUGGAAAGCUUUCUGCACCGAAUCCAUGGACCUCAAUCUCGCCAUCGUCCUAUGCCGGAUGCUUGGAGAACAUACCGCUAAGUCCUACUAUGAUAUGGAGUUGUUGGACAAUGAAGAGGGCGCUGUUCUUAACGUCACCUACGUGUGUCAGGGAAACGAAGACAGUGUUGCUGAGUGUGAGGAGCAGAGCAAAGCGACUGUCAAUUGCAGUAGGGACCAACGGAUAGCAGGGAUUACGUGCGCCAGUCUCCCAGUCCGUCUUGUCUCCAAGAAGGACAACGAAGGAAGAGUCGAGGUCUACCAUGGAAGAUCAUGGUCUGCAAUCUGCUAUACAUCGUGGAACAUACAAGCCGCCGACGUUGUCUGCCGAAUGUUGGGCUUCUCUGGUGCCUCUGCGGCUUUCCGUGACGAGGAAUUACUUGAAGCGCCCUCUGCGAGCAUCCUGUAUGAGAGUAUCGAGUGUACCGGAACGGAAAGAAACCUUGCCCAUUGCAACAUGUCGGAGUCUCGGCGGGGAAGGUGUGACCUCGAUGGAUGCGCAGCUGCUGGGUGUGCCGGAGAGGUUAAUGGAGUUUGA